AUGCCGAAAACGCUCUCCAAAAAGCGUAAUAGCGCUUCUCAGGCCAGCCCUUAUGCCCAGGCCGCUGCGAAAACCAAGGCCGCAAAUAAUGUCUUCCGCAUGAACACAGACAUCGGCCAGCAUGUUUUGAAAAAUCCGGGGGUUGCUCAGGCUAUUGUAGAUAAGGCAGAGCUGAAGCAGAGUGAUACCGUUCUUGAAAUAGGUCCCGGUACUGGCAACCUGACUGUCAAGAUUCUGGAGAAAGCGAAGAAAGUUAUUGCUGUCGAGUUGGACCCGCGAAUGGCUGCAGAAGUUACGAAACGUGUUCAAGGGAAACCGGAACAGAAGCGGCUUGAAGUUCUACUGGGUGAUGUUAUUAAAACUGAUCUACCUUAUUUUGAUGUCUGCAUCAGCAAUACUCCAUAUCAGAUCUCUUCUCCUCUAACAUUUAAACUCCUCGCCACCAACCCUGCACCACGAGUAUGCAUUCUCAUGUUCCAACGAGAAUUUGCAAUGCGACUCUUCGCCAAACCCGGUGACAAGCUCUACAACCGAUUGUCCGUGAACGCACAGAUGUGGGCAAGAAUUGACCACAUCAUGAAAGUUGGAAAAAACAACUUCAAACCACCACCCGCUGUAGAAUCCAGUGUGGUUCGCAUCGUUCCCAAAAACCCCCGUCCUCAAAUCAGUUACGAUGAAUGGGACGGCCUUCUAAGAAUUGCGUUCGUGCGGAAAAACAAAACGAUAAGAUCCAGCUUCCUUGGCACCACUAGUGUUCUCGACAUGCUAGAGUCGAACUACCGAACAUGGUGUGCCCAAAAUAACAUUCCGGUUGAAGAUGGGCCUGCCGAGGAUUCCGAGGGUGAGCCCAUGAACACAGUGGAGGACCAAGGUGAACCAGAUGAAGGACUGGAUGGUACCAUGGACGUUGAUGAUGAUGACAUGCACGUCCAUGAAUUCUUUGCGGACGAGCCGAAAUUAAAUUCGAACGUACAAAAAGAAAAUCCAGGCCGCAAGAAGAAAGGAAAAGUACGGGAACUGGUUAGGGAGAAGGUCAGACAAGUUCUCGAGGACGAAACUGGGCUUGCAGACAAACGGGCCAGAAUGUGCGACGAAGGGGACUUCUUGAAGCUUUUGUGGGCUUUUAAUCUGAAGGGUAUCCAUUUCAGUUGA